GGAAAGAAGGAAGACCGUCGGAUUAAAGCUAGAUCGUGCGGCGGGGAUAUUAAAUGGCACGGUACUCCAAGCGGGCGCGUUAGGCGAGGGGGCGUCAUCAUUAAAGCAUCUGACACACGCGAAAAGGUGGCACGCGUGGCGAAAAAGUGGGCGCGACAAGAAAGACGUGGGACAGGAAACUUUAUUACUGGAAAUUAAUGAAGAAUUAUUCAAAAGAAUAGGCGGGAAACCCUUCAACUGGUCGACACCCAAUGAUGGGCCACCCAGAAGAUCGAUAAGCAUGAACUCACUCUUAGAUCGAGUCAUUCAGACUCGACCAGA